UCCUGGUCAGUAUGAAAAUGCAUGUCCCCAUAAUUAACGUGGUGUUAGGAAUAUCAUUGAUAUGUCCAUCUGUUCAGUUCUUAUUUAUGGAAUUUAAAUAUCCAACCUAUCAUACACAUUCUGCUAUAACAAAGGAGGCUAUAGCCCGGGCUGCUGUUAGCUACAUAACUGGCAAUCCACCAGAUGCUGAAAAAAGUGCUGUUGCUGUACUCGACACAAUAUUCGGAAAAGAUGAAACUGCAAGAGAAAACUACGGAGAAGUAGUGGAUCUAAUUAUCUCAAGUAUGAGUGAAAGGUUUAAAGAAGUUUAUAACAAUCCAACACAUAUCAUGGCUGAUGAAUUGAUAGCUGAAGGCAAUACCUAUUUGAUAAAAACGAGACAGACAAUUAUAGAACUAUCAACAAAAGACAAACUAGAUAUAAAUUUCAUUACGGAUUUAAUUGGACGUUAUCUACUGACCCUUCAAAUGUUUUAUUGUAACACAAACUGGGUAGAAAUUGAACACAACAAAAUCUGUGAAAAUCUCGGUAUGACAGACAAAUUUGACGUUCCCUUGUCAGACGCUGAUGAAGCUAGUUGUCGUAAUUGCAAUGAUGAGAAAGAGGGUGAUUGCAAAUAUAACCUGAUAACAAAAAAACUGACCAGUGGCUAUCUUGAACUUAAAACAAGAGGCGGGAAGGGAGGCAACAAACCAUGGAAUAACAACUGGCGGGACGUUGGAAAAUGCAGUCAUGGUGGUACAUUGGACGUUUCAACUGACAUUCCAGCACGUGGUGGUAUAAACAAAGAAACUCCAGAAUAUCUUUUAUCGCCUCAUUAUUUCUUACACAAUAACAGUGGGAAUGCCGCCAUUACAGCUUCAGUACAUUUCCUCGUUGAUAAAGAAAAUGGACUAGUAUCGUCGAUAGGAACAAAAGCCUUUGAAGGAAUAUUCCAUAUACGAUAUCUCCCUCCGGUAGUGAAGGAGAAGAACACCACAGUUGCAUUCUCAACAAUGUCAACUCAUUCGUGGGUUUCAAAUCGUCGCACAAUAUCUACAACCAAAUCAAAUGGAAAUACAGUAUCUCCAAGUACCAUCAAGACGUCCACCAGAAAGCCUAUUAGUGUAGCAAACUUCGUCUAUCAACCAGCUUGUUACAAUUGUUUUCAACAAUCGUUAUCACUUAUACUGGUAAUCGAUAAUACUGGUUCUAUGAGUGACGAUAUCUUCCAAGUAAGGGGUCAAGCUAUAGAUAUAGUGAAGAAGGCAUACAGUUCACAACUCUACAACUAUAUCUUGGUAACAUUUAAUGAUCCUGUAAACAAAAAUACGUUUUACCAAACAUCAGAUGGACAGCAAAUACUCAACAGAUUAAAUCAGUUAACAGUAGAUGGGGGAGAUGAUUGUCCAGAAUACGCAUUCACUGGACUACAAACGGCCAUUACACAUGCAAAUAAUGGGUCUUGUGCCUUUUUGUUCACUGAUGCUGACCCGAAAGACCAUUUUCUAUGCGAGUCAGUCGGUCGUUUGAUUGAACAGAAAAAUAUACAUCUGGUUACAUUUCUGACGGGAGUUUGCUCGGGGGAUCUGAAAAAAGGAAAAUCAAGUGACUGUAUCCAGACCAAACAACAACCUAUUAGUUGUUCCUCGCACAGAAGAAAGAGAUCACCUACAUUUGGUGGUUUCUUUGCUGGUCUUGGAGGAACUAUAAUAGCUGCACCAGACCGAGAAAUAACACAACCAUUGAAAACAUUGCUGGAGAAAAACAUGGAUAUUAAAUAUGUCUUUAUUGCCAAGAAUAAGAUGGAAUCAAACGAGUUUUCGUUUCCAGUUGACGCAUAUCUGUCUGUUCUUGUAAUAGAGAUUAAUGGUACCAGCAGCAAAAGAGAUAUACGACUGGUUGGUCCAAGUAAUAUAAAAAAAAUAUUUAAGGGACGUGAUACUUUGGAUUACAUUGGACGAAACACAUUCAUCGCUAGUAUUAUGAAUCCUCAAGAAGGCAUGUGGACGUUGGAAAAUGAUCGACGAAGUACUUGGUUUGUUCAAGUUAAAGGACAAGGGGAUUUGGAGAUAAAAGUUAAACUACUGGAACGUUUUGAAGGUUCUCUACUUGAUAUUUCUGGGAAACCAUUGUCAGGUCAUAACAUAACGAUAGCAGUAUCAGUCGCAGGACUAAAUGAAACAACAAACCUAGAAUCAGUAAUUAUUUACAGCGAAAAUCAGACUGAGCUCCAACGUCAACCUGUGGAAGUGUAUUCUGAUUUCAAGGAAAAUAUUGCAGUCGCCGAUUUCAAAGUUCCAUUUCAGGAUUUUUGGGUGACAGUUGAAGGUCAUGAUGACUCUAACAUAUUUCAAAGAACUACAGAAAACCCAUUUCAACCUUCAGUUGCUGAUAUUGAAAUUCUUUCGGACACAGGCGAAUUGUAUUCUGGAAUGAUAUCAAACAUUAGCUGCAAUGUGACAAAUUUUGGAACUAAAAAUGAAACUUUCAUCGUAACGGCUGUCGAUGAUUUGUCAUACCUAACGUCUCAAAAAACCCAACGUGUGUUUAUUCCAAGUGGAGACUCUGAAAUAAUAACAUUUACAAUAAGAGGUGGAAAUAUCAAAUCUGUUACGACGGUUAAAAUAUCAGUAAAUACCACUGAUAAUCGAGUUCUGCAACAAAAGGUGUUGAAAUAUAUGGUUUCGGAAUUUGUUCCACCAACGUUGAACGAUAUCAGCAUGAGCUCCAUGUGUAUAUUAGAAACGAUGAAUUUCGAAAAUUGUUCCUACCAAAAUAUAGGUCUGAAUGUCAGCGUACAAGCUACAUUAGGACUUCAAACUGUCUACUGCAAGCCAAAUUCAAUAGAUGUAGAAGUUACGAAUGGAACGGAGACUUUUUUAAAUAACAUUGUCAUCAGUGGUGAUUGCUGCAUGCCAAAAUUUAGAGUAUUUAUAAAAGACACCAAAGGAAAUCUUGUCCAGAAAUUCUUUGACUUCACUGAUGGGAACACAUUUUCUAAGGUCUUACCUACAAAACGAAUCAUCCAGACUACUACAAUUCCACAAAGAAGUCCGCACAUGACUUCAAACAAAAACGUGGUUAUUGGUGUUAUUGGAGGGGGAGUGUCGGCCUUAGCUAUUGUUGUGUUAGUUGUAUCUGUUAUGCUGUCAAGGAAGAGAAAGACCAAAAAUUACUCAGCUGAAGAUAUAAAUAUGAAAUUGAAAAAUUAAGUUAUUCUUUUCAUAUCCUGUUUUCUUUAAUAUAGUGACCAAAAUGAUGCAAAACAAACUUCGCUGUAAUAUAAUAGGUUGUUACAAAGUGUUAUAUACAGCAUAGUUGUUAAUGACUUGUAAGGUUAAGAAAACAAUAAGAGACGGAAACCUCUUACAAAUCUCUUUUUAAGUAAAUUUGAUCUUUUCAUGUUUGCCAAAAGAAUGAAUAAAAAAAAAAAUUUACAGCUGA